CAGAAGCUGAGAGUUGAGUGAUGCAUGACUUGGGCUGCAGGCAUGGUGCAUGAUGGCGGCUGCAGAACAUGGAAAGUUGCUGCCGUCAAAUCCGUAACUGGAAUAGAUUGUUGGCAUCGUGGGAGCUGAUGUCUCUCCACAGGGUUCGCAGUUACCCCAUCACCCGCCACAGACCCAGUCUCAGAUGAAUCAUUUGACGCCGAAGGUUCCGACUGGCAUGCGAUGGAUCACCGUCGAUGGGUACCCGGGGGGUUCCUGUGUACACGGCGGCAAGGAGGAAGGUUGAAAACACGGAGCUCCUCGAAGGCCCACUGUCACCCAGUUGUCUAUAAAGAGCUCUGUUACCCAGCAAAACUUCAGACGUCCUUCAGAUCUCCAGAACACACAUCUUCCUUUCCCCAUACUCACUUUAUUGAAUCCAUCCCAUCAGCAAGACACACCUGCCCAUCAUGACGACUCGCUAUACUGUCCAGGUCGAGGAGGCUGACUCCGACAUCAAGGCAUUGCACGGCAAUGCGUAUCUGCUCCAGGUCGCCAAAGCUGUUGCAACUGGCGGCAAAGCCUCGUUCAAUGUGGUCUACGCCUCCAAGCUCCUCGCUCCCCACAUGAAUGUUCAGUGGACCACGGUUUACGGCAUCAACUGGGCCACCGAGAUGCCGGCCCAAGGAGCGACCGUCAUCUACAGUGGCAAAUGGAAGCAGUGCAACCUGGGCGAUUCCUACACCCUGACCCAGGACGGUGUUUGGGCUGCCACACAGGAUAACCCCAAUGCCAAUGAGAAGGCCCUGAACAUUGCCUCCAACGACUACGAAGUUCCGGUCCAUGUCGUUGUCGGCGUGCAAGACCCCAACACCAAGAUGUGGACACCGAUCUGGUUUGGCAACAACAAGCUCUUGAAAGGUUCCCACGGAGAAUAUGAGCCGAUUGAGACCGUCAAAAUCUGGUAUCAGCAGGGCGACCAGACCGCCACCAUGAUUUCCAGCCAGGCGACCUCAAUCCAGUCUUACGAUAUGCCGGCUUCGCGCCCAGUUUACUUUUCGUAUGACGCGGCCAAGGGCAAGUGGCGUACCCCUCAGGAUGUCACCUUCAACUUCCCUUGAGUACCUCGGUACCUUACCUGAGGUGCCUAGCAUGGCGACCUCGAACAAGACGGAGCUGGGCGAUGGACGAUGGAAGAUGGGGGGACUGGUCAGGGGCACACGUAUACAGUUCUCGGGAGAAAAGGAACAACAGACUACCUUAGAUAGAUGCCAGCACCAGUGGUAGUGACAAUACAAGUCGUGUUGAUCCGUGC